GGAGCCUGGUGAGGCGUCGCAGCGGGCCGCGGGGAGGCGGAGUGGAGCUGGGAAAGUCGCGGGCCGGCUGCAGCGGGUCUGAGGCCCGUGUUCAGGGCGCCCUCUAGCGCGUCCUUUCCACUCGGCGGCCUCGCCGGUACCGGAAGGAGUGGAGCCUGCUGGAUCUUAGAAGACAAGCUGUGUGUUCUGAAGAAGGCAGAGGCAGAGAAGUGACCUGAGUCCUUUGGAGGAUUCCAGAAGAUUGCCCUUGCCCGAACUGUACCAAGGGUGUAACACAAAAUCGGGUGUUACAAUUGGAGGCACCGCUGGGAUGAUCAUCGGCAACUGCAGUGGGAGACCCAUCUGCGAGAUCGGGAAGUAGGGAUCCCUGAGAGGUCGCCCUCAGGAAGGCUGGCCAGCAGAUUAAAUUUACUUCUGAGGAAAAACAAACAAAAAAUAAACAGAACAAAACAGAGCAAAAAACAAGCUAGCAGAGUGGUCAGUAGCAGCUCAAUGGACCUGGCUCUGGAAAGCAGCGAGUUUGUGAACAGAGUGUGGGUCCAGUGUGAGAAUGAAAGCUGCCUGAAGUGGAGGCUGCUGUCUCCUGAGGCUGCGGCCAGGGUGGAGCGCAGCGAGCCCUGGUACUGCUUCAUGAAUGCUGACUCCAGCUACAACAGCUGCUCAGUCUCUGAGGAGGAUUUUCCUGCAGAGUCUCGGUUCCUUGAAAGCGGGUAUAAGAUUGUCUACUCACAGCUUCCUUUGGGAAGCCUGGUUUUGGUGAAAUUGCAGAAUUGGCCAACUUGGCCAGGAAUACUUUGUCCUGAUCCUUUCAGAGGGAAAUAUGUGGCCUAUGACCAGGAUGGAAAUGUUGACAAGUAUCACAUAGAAUUUCUGGGUGACCCCCACUCAACGGCAUGGAUAAGUGCAACAUUUGUGGGGCAUUUUAGUCUCUCGUUAAAGACCGCAGAAUGUACACAUAAAAAGAGGUGGUAUAGAAGUGCCCUCGAGGAGGCGUACCAGCUCUACAGGCGUUCUCCUGAGCAAAGACUAGACGUGUGCUGCCUGUCCAAACGGGAUAGAACCAAAGCAGGUGCCAAAGCUGCCGUGGUGGCCAGGAAAAGGACGCAAGUUUCCAGAAAUAAUACUGAAAAGAAAAAAACCAAGGUUAGAAAGAGGAAAAGGAAUGCUGCUUUAAGAUGCUCUGUUGAAAAUGUUUGUUCUGAUGAAGCCUUAUCAAAGGAAAACAUGGUUGUCUCUGAGACAGAAGGUUUACUGAAAGAACUGGAGAAAAUGCUGCAGCAGGUACAAGAGCCCACAGCAAGAGCCAAUGAACCAGGACAAGAACAGGUUGGUAUGAAGAGUUACCAUUUGGCAGCCUCAGGAUCUGUAACUGACUCUACAGUUUAAUUAUAUAAGAUACCUUUUCCUACAUCUGAAAUUUGAGGCAUUGAUUGCCACGAUGCUAACAAACCAGUAGCUGUUGAGCCAUCAGAAUAUAGGCUUUCCUAGGAGAAAUGUGUGUAUAAGCAGAGAUGAUCGUUAAUUUCCAGUCUUCGGGUUGGGACGGAGGAUGAAGAGUAGUCCUGUGGCAGAGGUGGACCAUUGUAGAGAGACCUUGUAUUAGCCAUUGUGGCCAUAACUGACAGAAAUGACUAAAAGAGAGUAAGUCAUCAUGGCAGGGAGUCGUGGUGCAGAGCUCUUCAUAUCCUGGUGAAACGGGAUGCAGAGGAAAGAGAAUGCAGGAAGGGGCCAAGAGAAGAUAGAGCCCUAUGGACACAUGUUGUGGGAACUAAGGGUUCAGCCAAUAGCCUUGGGGUACCAGCCUUAGGGCAUCAGGGUAGAUGGAAAUCGGGGUAGCAUA